UGGAAACACAAGCCUUCGGUCGUGCCUUAGGCUGGUCUGUGUGCAUCAUGUGUGGCGUCGCUGCCGUGUUGGGCUUUGUUUUUGUGUCAUCUGCAAUGGCUGGAGUUGCCAAGGACAUCCACCUCCACUCCACAGUCACCGACAGUGCAACGAACCUCACAGGUCCUGCGCACCUCCCAUCUGCAGAUCAUGCAUUGCCAAAUGUACGUAUCCAUGCAUUUUCAGCGCCCGCAGAGCUUCUGAGCGAAGCGGCCGCUGCCAAGGCAGGGGUGCAGGAGUCUCGUACGACGGGUGACAAAUCACUCGAGGGCGACGCAAUGCUCGUGCUGGACCUUGACGCGGUCAGUGGACCUGCGGCCAGCACCACACACAGACAAAACACCCGACUGAUUAAGACCGUAAGACCGCGUGUGUGUCUCUGUGUGAUUCCUGGCUGCAGCCCCACGGCUGUGAGGCACCGGCGGGCAACCAGGGGUGGGUUCAUUGGCUCGUCACAGACAUGAGCGAAAAGGAGCGCCAGAGUGAGCGAAGCGUACGUGUCUCCUUCCAGAAGGUCUCAUGGUUGGUUGGUUGGUUGGUUGUGUUGGGUUGGUUUGCAGGUUGCCCCGAGGGCAGCAAGGCGGUGUCUCUUGGUGACCAGCACGCCUUCGGCUGUCAGGUCAUCCCAUACAAGGGACCCAGUCCACCCAGCGGCACCGUAAUACAGACAGACAGACAGACAGGCAGAAGACAUCCCCAUUCACUCUCUUUUCUCCUGUCCAUGGGUUCUGACAGCAUCGGUACGUGGUGUACGUCUUCCAGUCUGAUGUGGCGGGAGAGCUCAAGGGCAAACUCGCAACCAACAAUGACAAAGCGAGAGAAGUCGCCGACUGGAAGAGGUCAGCCCUACCAACCCAGACAGACAGACAGACAGACAAACAGACAGACCAGAGCUCACCUUGCUAGUUUCUUCCUCGCGUAAGUGUCUGUCUGUCUGUCUGUAUGUCUGUCUGUUUAUUUGUUUGCAGAUUCCUCGCCUCACUCACGCCCCCGAAGCACGAACAUUGGGUCAGUGCCAAGACGUUCUUUGCCUGUGCCGAGGGGCAGGGCUACUCGUGCGGCGCCGUAGACGACAGCGCCCUGACAAAGCGCUGCAAGCGCGAGACGGUGCCCCCACGUCUGCACACACGCCCAACGCACACAACACAACACAGCACAGCACAUCAGCUGUCUGUCUGUCUGCCUGCAGGAGGAAUGACCUGCAUGUAUGUUAUGUGUGGAUCAAGCAUGGGUCACCGAACUGAGCGGCUGAGCAGAUGGAUGGAUGGAUGGAUGGAUGGGCGGUGCAUGGGGUGGACCGCGCUCUUUUUCAUCUCCUGAAUCAAU